UUAAAUCGAUCGGAGGCCGGAAUGAGUCAAAGUGUAUCCAAAACAAGAAAUUUCACCAUCUAAUGACAUAACUACCCCUAUACGAUUUCUAUUUUUAUCCUUCUUUCAAGGACCGAAUCAGGUUUUCCAUAAACUUAUGUAAUUUCUCGUUAUACAAAUUACGACGAUCACGAAAUAUGAACCGAGACGUUUAAACGUUGUGAUACCAUCGAACGUAUAGAAGAAUCUCUAACUCGUAACAAACAAAUCCCUUAAAUUUGGUACAAGCUGCUCAUGAGAGAUAAACAGUUGGGGUUCUCUUUUCUUUUUCUCUUUGCUUUUAACUAUUUAAAGAUCUUGAUUUACUUAUGUUUCUUUAGCUUAUUAUUAAUUCCUCUGCUCCACCACCACUACUACUCACUCCUCCUACAAUCUCUUACUUCUCAGUAAAUAAUAUAAUCUUGUUUUGUUGGUUAGAGAUCACCAAAUCCACCAAAAACCCCACUUCUUUAAAUUCCUUCUUCAGUUCUGUAUUGAAUAUGUGGCAUUAGACAAAAACUCACAAUGACAGACAUAGAUUUAGAACAAGGAGGAGCUUUUGGAUAUCACCACCGGAGGUCAUUGGACGGAAGUGACGCCAGCGUUUAUUAUUCAGACGGGGAAGACGUGACGUCAUGCUACUCUUACUUCUAUUCGACGACUGGAGGAUCGUACGAAUACGAAGGAGAUCAGUCCAGGAAAGUGUCGUCAGUGAUGAGUUCUUCUUCGGAGAUAGACGAUGGUGAUGAUAAUGAUGCGACGGCGCCGCCGGAGAAAGACUGUCGUAUAUGUCAUUUGGGAGUGGAAACGAGCGGUGGAGGUGCGAUUGAGUUAGGGUGUUCGUGUAAAGAAGAUUUGGCUGUUGCUCAUAGACAAUGCGCUGAGACUUGGUUCAAGAUCAAAGGCGACAAAGUAUGCGAGAUUUGCCAAUCGGUAGCCCGAAACGUGGCCGGUGCGAACGAAAUGGUUGGAUCAACAACGAUGGAAGAGACAGAGUUGCGAAACAGCGAGGACACCGGGGCGGUGGAGAAUAGGUGGCAGCCACAGAGAGUGGUGAAUUUAGUGUUAGCUUGUAUGGUUUUUGGGUUCUUUAUAUCAUGGAUCUUUCAUUUCCACGUUUCCUCUUCUUCUUGAACCCCCAAAACAUAUACUAUAUUGAUGAGCCUUUGCAAUCAAA